CUUGUUCGGUGUUGAUUUUUGGACGUUUGGAAAAUGUUGCAAAAUCCGAAUUCAAACAAUGACAAGGCCAUGUCCUUGCUAAGCACCUGCAUGCUCCAGGGCUGGGUAAUGACUGAUGAGUCCUGUUCAGUGCAGGAUUGCGUUGUCCCUAUUAUGCGAUCCAAAGAUAAAACCAUUCGAUUUUGCGUUAUUCACGAUAAAGUGCCGACUUGCAGCCCAAGACAGACAGCAGCGGCACCGGCCGCUACAGAGACGGCGUUCAAAUCAUCCCCGAAGUUGACUCAACAGCAAGAUGAAAGCAAUUCUAUUGAAGUUACGGUCGAAUCCGAUCUUGAUCAAAAGAAACUGCAAUCAUUUAGAGAACAAAGAGAGCAAUCAUCAAAAGCUUCUCAGCUGAUCGGCCAGAAACUAUUGCAACAAUGGACUUUAUUGAACGAAAUAUGCCCUAGCCCGAGCUGCUACGCCGUGCCGCUGAUGCGUAAUCCAACCACGAAGCAUAUGUACUGCGUUAUUUGCGAAAAUAGCUAUGCAACAAUCUCGGAGGCGGAGAGGACCGAUGUCCAACCAACAGUGACCGAGAAAACCGUCGCUCAUCCACCGCCACCGCCUGCACAGGAGACCCAAACAUUCAAGCGAAUGAAAAACAAGACUACAUCAGCGGACAAUGAUGCUUCUUUAGGAUCGAUGUAUCCCUCAAAUUCUGCCAAGCCAUCUUCUUCGGUUCAACAGUUUACUGUAGACGCCACUGUCCAAGCACUUACCGAGAAGCUUCAUCAACUGACCGAGAAAAUGUGUGCCUAUGACCAUCCUUCCGAACUCAAAGGUUAUUUCGAAGCAAUUCAAUCCUGCGCAGCAGCCAUCCAAGCUUGUAUUGAAGCCAGCGAAGCGUACAAGUCCGUAACCAGGUCAUAGCGAAAGACAGUUAUAUCUUUUGACACAUCGCCAGGAUAUGAUUUUCGAUCGAGCUUUCAUGAUAUCCUUUUCAUCAAUCCAUGUACCAUGCUUUUCAGCAAGGGUGUUAUUUGCUUGUCCAGUUUCUGUUUAUUUUGCUGCCCUUUUGUGUAUACAAGCCCAACAAUUUGUAUAUUUCGCAUUUUUUUAUAGACUCUUCUAUUAGCGAAUUUUGAAAUUAGUGAUGUUGAAAAAGUUGGAUAGGGGACACAUAAAAGUUCAAUGGGGGGAUUUUGAGAAUACUAUUGAC